GGAGUGGCCACCCAUGGUGGGGGGGCGGGCAUCCAACUCAGGUUUUGCCCAGGGCUACAGUUUGCCCAGGGCUGCCUCGUUACGCCUCUGAUGUACUUCCCUGAAUUUCUAGCUUUCAUGCAAGAAAAAAGAAAUCCUCGUCUUUUGUUUAAGGAGACAAUGCAGGCUUGUAAAUAGCAAAUUCGUGGCUCGUCUGACAUUAGCAAGGCCAGUAAUUAAUUAAUUAGUAACAGGACUGUGUUCUUCCAGUGGCUCAGUAGGAGGAAUCCUGCUCCCGCCUUCUGGCAAUGAGUGCACAGACACCAGGGUGACUGGGAUUUGCUAUUCCCCGCAGCUUCAAAGUGCAUUGAAAGUAAAUUGAAAGUACGUUAUUCUGAAUGUGCAGAAGGGGCCUAAAACUGGGACUUUAAAUAUUUUUGUAGGUUGCCCCGAGCCCACUAUGGCGAAGACUUAUCUAUCUAUCUAUCUAUCUAUCUAUCUAUCUAUCUAUCUAUCUAUCUAUCUAUCUAUCUAUCUAUCUAUCUAUCUAUCUAUCUAUCUAUCAUCAUUAAGUAAUAAAUAAAAGGAAGUAAUAGAAGGCCUUGCAUCCUCGUGUUCUGUUUCCUGAUGUAAUUCUGCAAAAAAUGCACCCCAUCAGAAAAUACUGAACAUUUGUUUAUUUAGUAAUUUAGAGUAUUUAAAGGGCUUUGUAUCCCAUAGUAAAGAUUUGGGGGAAGGGGGACGAUGCAGUGUUCUCCUAGUGUUGGAGAACGGGACAGGGUUUUCUGGAAAAAGUUGGACCGGAAAACUUCCCAGAACAGUACAUAGAGAGCGUUGUGAUUUAAUGGGUGUAUUUUGACUUAGCACCUGUAUUUCUGGUCGCCCGUCAACAAAGUGGUACUCAAGGCAACGUAUGGUCAAACACAGUGGGCAGCGUGGAAUCAACCAUCAUCUAAAACAACAACCCGAGCGAGACAGAGGGGGCCUCACAAGCAGGGGAGUCCCACAUGGGACCCUCGCUUAUUUUAACAACACUUUGGUAGGAACUGGCGAAGGCCUGUGAGCCCCCCAGCCCCAAGGACUGGUGCUUGUACCUGCCUGCACCAGCAGGGGACCACCCACCACCUGCCAGCCUGGAGCAUCAUCUACACGUCGCCCCAGGCAGCUGCGGCCAUCGGGCUUCUGAGGCCGGCCUGAUGGCGGAGCCGCGCUUUAACAACCCCUACUUCUGGCCGCCCCCUCCCACCAUGCCCAGCCAGCUGGACAACCUGGUUCUGAUCAACAAAAUCAAGGAACAACUCAUGGCAGAGAAGAUCCGGCCGCCGCACUUGCCCCCAACUUCAGUGUCUUCCCAGCAGCCGCUGCUGGUGCCUCCCUCGCCUGCAGAGGGCAGCCAGUCGAUUAUGUCCAUUCCCAAGUUGCAGCAGGUUCCUGGGCUGCACCCCCAGGCUGUCCCACAGCCCGACGUGGCCCUGCAUGCGCGUCCAGCCACCAGCACGGUCACAGGGCUGGGCCUAGGCUCCCGUGCCCCCGCUGUCAGUACCUCGGAAUCUAGUGCUGGAACCGGCACCAGUACCCCCUCCACACCCACCUCAACAAGCCAGAGCCGCCUCAUUGCCUCUUCGCCUACCCUCAUCUCAGGGAUCACCAGCCCCCCGCUCUUGGACUCCAUCAAGACCAUCCAAGGUCACAGCCUGCUGGGGGCCCCCAAAACGGAACGAGGACGCAAGAAGAUAAAAGCGGAGAACCCGUCGGGACCCCCUGUCCUUGUGGUCCCCUAUCCCAUCUUAGCCUCGGGUGACAUCGGAAAAGAGGGCAAGACGUACAGGUGUAAAGUCUGCCCCCUAACCUUCUUCACCAAGUCAGAGAUGCAGAUCCACUCCAAGUCGCACACCGAGGCCAAGCCCCACAAGUGCCCGCACUGUUCCAAGUCUUUCGCCAACGCCUCCUACCUGGCGCAGCACCUGCGCAUCCACCUGGGCGUCAAGCCCUAUCACUGCUCCUACUGCGAGAAAUCGUUCCGCCAACUCUCCCACCUCCAACAACACACCAGAAUCCACACCGGUGACAGACCCUACAAGUGCCCACAUGCAGGCUGUGAAAAAGCAUUCACACAGCUCUCUAACCUCCAGUCUCACCAACGCCAGCACAACAAGGAUAAGCCCUACAAAUGUCCAAACUGCUACCGGGCCUACACGGAUUCGGCCUCGCUCCAGAUCCACCUCUCUGCGCACGCAAUCAAGCACGCCAAGGCCUACUGUUGCAGCAUGUGUGGAAGGGCCUACACCUCGGAGACUUAUUUGAUGAAACACAUGUCCAAACACACAGUGGUCGAACAUCUAAUGCAAAGCAACCUUAUAAUUUAUUGGCCCCACACGCGAUGCAGUUACCAAGAAAGAGCAACAACCCUUUCAGGACUCUCUUUCGGAGAGGUAAAGGAUGCGAUUUGUGGAGGCGCCCGCGGCUCUGCCAAGGGUAAGCGGCAGCAAGACCCGAGUUGCUGAGACGUCCCUGGGCCCUUGCGGAAGUGCCCGACCGGUCCACUGGGUCUCCGUUGCCAAGGUGAGCAAGAUUGCAACCCCUGCUUGGAGUGAUUCGGGGUAGGGGGCGGGUGCCCCAGACUGGAAGGAAGCUGGCCUUUUUUGUGGAGGGAAGGUAUCUUUUGGAAGAUUGACUAGAGAGAACUUUGGAGAGAGUGGGCAGGAGAAAGCAGUGACCUCACAGCACAAGCAUCACUGACAGGCAUGUAGAUCUGUGCUGCGUUCCCACAUUAGCGGAAGGAGCCUCCCCCUUUCAGAAGGGAAAUGGGUAAAAACAGCGUUCAGCUUAGCACUGUGUCAACUUUAGUAACGUGCGUGAAGAAGGGGGCAACUUGCAAUGUGAUGUGGCAGGAGAGGGUUCUCUCCCUCGCCCGUGCAUGGAUCAAUUUUCCCUAUACUUUCUCCCUGACACCUAAGGAAGGACGAAAAAUGGCCCCAAAGUCAAAGUAGAGCAGGUAUUCUACAGUGUGCUCCCUUUGGAGGCAGGAACUAAACUGAGGAAUCGGGAGUGGUUUGUCCCAACAGGAAAAGUUUUUCAUUGCCUGCCUCCCCGAUGGGACAGUGGGAAUCACCCACAAGAUGUCCUCCAGCCCAGGGGAGAAGAGGGUGUCUCUUCCUCACCUGUGCAUGGAUCAGUUUUCCCUCUGCUUAAUCCCUGACACCAAACAUCAGACAUGUUCCCCUGGCAGACAUCUUUUGAACUAGUGGCCAAGUUUCCCAGUUAACAGAUUUGUAUUUAUUUUUGUCAGACUGCCCAUCCCCUAAGGAAGACUGUGCAGAAUUUCUCCGCCCCUGGGAAAACCCCACUAUUUUUCUGUCACCCACCCUGCAGCUAGAGAUUGGCUUGGAACCAUUGAGCUAUUCUGCAGAACGGGCAGCUGUUGCACCACACCGCUGGGGAGUGUCCCAAAAGGCCCUCCAAGGCGCCUUGCUUUCUGCUGGAAAAACCACACAGUGGCAUUCAAAAGUAUCGUGCAGAGUGGGGAAAGGCCCCUCAAGUUCUUGGUGGUGCUGGGCCUUAGCCCUUCUGUUCCUUUGUGUUCAGUUGGCAACUAGAAGUACUGCCAAAGUUCAGGAAAGCUGGGAGUGGUGGGGGUGUAUGAUGAAUGGCUCCAGCUAGGAAACCUUCCACGCUUCAGGAACUAGGUGUCCCUUCCACAACAGUUGCAAGCACAGUGCUUAGUGCCCAGUAAUGUCGGACCAAGAUCCGCGGUGAACGUAAACAAAGAGAGCAUCGGCAAUGCUCCAGUGCAAAGGAAAGCUAUUGAGGAGCCCAACCCCAUCUCAGAAGUCUGGCCCAGAAGGCUUCCUGAAGAACAGAACAGGUGCGAGGAAGGGGUAAAGUUUGAAGCUUGCCAGGGAACCUGAAAAGUUACCUGUGCUCCUCUGCCUCCUCAUUUAAACCUUAAAUAUGGGGGCCACUACCAUUUAAUCACCACCCCCUAACUGAAUUUUGCAGGAUAGUUUCCCAAACAGGCUAAUGGUUUCAUGGCCAAUGCUAAACCAUAGGGCCUCUGUAUUUUCCCUUUGGUAAAUUCAGAGAUGUCAUUUUCCAGAUGUCAUUAGCCCCUCCCACCUGCCUCCUUCCUCACCGACUUAUAGGUCAGCCUUGCAGCUUGAUUGACAGCAUGGGCCAACCUACAAGGUGCCCUUGGGCAGAUAGUCCUGGGUACCCAGGGGUAAAGAUUGAUGUGGGAAUUCCCCCAACACUGCUGCAGCUGAGGGACAGAUGGCAGCACUGAGUUACUGGCUAGCACCCUAGUUAGCAACGGGGGAAUUCACCAACCUCACAUUAUACUCAGUGGUGGGAUUCAAAUAAUUUCACAGCCGGUUCUGGUGGUGGGAAUUGAAAUAAUUGAACAACUGAUUGUUUACAAGCACCAUUUUAACAACCGGUUCUGCCGAUGUGGUGCAAACCUGUUGAAUCCCCCCACUGAUUAUACUCCAAACCAACGCCCUGCCUCCUCCCAAAAAGAAAAUGUCCUCCCUGAAUCAAAGCAAUUCAGUCAGCUAAAGGUUUGCACGUUACUGCCACAUGAGCUCUGGAAAACUCUCGGCCCCUUUAUGAUCUCUCCUCCAAGCAUAUGGGGAGGGCACAACCCCCCCCCCCCAAAAAAAAAACCCCGCUACACUGAAACCAACCUCUAUUGUGUACUUUUCUGUUCCAUUUUGGAUAUGAAUUAACUGUAAUUUUUAAACACUUUUUAAGCCUUAAAAAUAUAUCGUUUUGUUUAUACCAGGUUGUUUCUUUUUAUCACUGUUUGUAUUAAUUUGAUUCUCUCCUGUUCUCCCCACCCCCUUUCCCGCCUCCCUUGGUUUUGAAUUGAUGUUGUACGAUACUCAAUAUUGUAGCCUUUUUUGUCCGCAUGUUAAUAACUCUGUAAAUAGGACUCUUAUACAUAACGUUAACACGAGUUUUUUUUUUCUAUAUAAAAAGCCCAGGCCACAUCUAGUUAGAAUCCUAGUUAUUACCUUAAUAAUGAAAAAGGAAAGAGGAAGACAAACAACCCCCCCAAGGUUCCCCUUCCCUUUGAAGUCUUGCAUUGUGGUAACCGAGAUCGGUAGGAGCUCUGCUCCCCACAGACAUUUGCAUUGUUUAAACAAUGACAAAAUGAAUUUUUUUUGGGAAAAAAAAGUUGCUUUGUAUUUCUCUGUUGUGGAAAAAAAAGAAAUAAAAUGUCUUUGCAACCUUG